AUGGAAGCGAUUGAGGGAUCUUAUCGCACAUGUGCGGGGAAGACCAGCGCAGCGGAGGAUGUCGCACACAACACACGAAACCUGCGAAUGGAUGACAAACACCUCGAGAAGGUCUGGACUCUUUUUUCGACUGAGCUGGUGGGAUUUUGCUUGACAGAUAACCUGGUGCACCAAAAAGUGGGAUUGGUCACCGGAUUGAGUUCUUGCUCUCCGACUCGCUUGUCAGAGCCACCGUCGUACGACCAACCACCGCCUUCCUACAACGAUGUGAUCGAUGAUCUCCCUCCUGAAUACUCCGCGCUGCCUCCACUUGCGCAUCGCAAAUCAACAACUCUUUCAUUCGCGCCAAAAAGUCGUCAAACAUUACAGAAAUCAUUAUCCUCGCUGCUGGAAGAUCGCAUACUAGAUUCAGGCAUUGAUUUUGAGAACUUUACCGGUAUCAGGGAACAUAAGAAGAAAAAGCCGGUGGCCAAGAAAGCAGCACCGCCUCCUUCUCCCCCUCCUCCACCGCCACCACCGGAAGGCGGGGCUAAUGGAGGAGACGACAAUUCCACCGGUGACGGUGGAGCUGGUGGUGAUUCAAACGGGGCUGGAAGCGGUGACGGGGGAGAUGGUGGUGACGAUUGGGGUACUUGGAAUUGGAGCGGAAAGAAGGACAAGAAGAAGAAAGCGGAGGAGGAAGAGGAAGAGAAAAAAGCGAAGGAAGAGGAAGAGAGAAAAGCCAGGGAAGAAGAAGAGAGACAAGCCAAAGAGGAAAAAGAGCGAAAGGCCGCUGAAGACUCUGCUGCCAAAGAUCUUAGCUGGUCUGAAGAUGGACGGGGGGGGGUGAAGCUGCACCUCCUGGGGGGUUCCAGGACUCCGGCCCCAAAGACUGGCGGAAGUGGUUUCAGCUUCGGAGGAUGGGGCAAAAGCUGGGUUACCGGUAGCAAGCUUGAUCCUGUUGGAGACCCUCCCUCCAAUGACGUAUCCAAGGACAAAAACCCCUGGGGAGCAACCUCCAAGGAUAUUGGCGAUUUCGAUUUCGACUUGAAAUCAGCGUCCGUCAAAACCAAGCCAGAAGAUGACCGGGGAGCAGGUUGGGAUGUGAGCAAGGGCAAAAAGGAGAUGGAGCCUGAACCGGAGGCUCCUGCUCCUCUCCCUCCGCCUGCACCCAGAGUUGAUUUCACGCAGAAAGCCUGGUAUUUAAAUCUCUCCAAAAAAGAGCAGCGUAAAGCGAAGAAGGAGAUGGAGAAGAAAUACAAAGACGAAGAUGAAGCGGCAGCAAAGGUGGCAGCAGACCAGGAAGCAGCAGCAAAAGAGGCAGCAGAGCAGGAAGCAGCCAAGGCUGAGGCAGCGGCAGCAGCAGCAGCGGCUGUACCCGAGCCAGAACCUGAACCGGUGAUUGAGGAGACUGAGAAACCAGCCGAAGCAGAUACUGGUUGGGCUGACCCGGAGCCUAUUAUCGAUGAACCACUGGCAAAAGUAACAGAGCCAGUUGAUAUUUUAACCGCUUUGGGUGUUUCCUUAAAGGACAAGAAGAAAGGCAAAGGCAAAACCGAGCCAGUACCUGAGGCAGAACCCAAUCCAGAUCCAGAACUAGAACCCGAGCCAGAACCCGAGCCAGAGGCGCCAAAGGUCCCUGAUGAGCCUCUAUACGCGAAUUGGCGUGAGAUAUCGUCUAAAGAACGUAAGAAGAGAGAGAAACAACUAGUGCGGAAGGGCCUUCCGAUCCCAGGCAAGGAUUUCGAGCUGCCAUCAGAACUGCCACAUAAAGAAGUGCCCGAAUCGGUUGUUAAACCGGAGCCAGAGCCAGAACCAGAUACAGUGCCUGAGUCUGAGCCAGAUCCUUCGCCCGAGCUUGAAACAAAACAACCGGUCGAAGAGGGAUCUUGGGGCAUUUGGGGGCUAGUGAAGGACAAGAAAAAAAUGAAGAGCAAGGAUAUACAAGAACCUCCCCCACGUGCGCCGACACCUCCUUCCCUGGGCUUGACCCCAGAGCCGGAAGCUUUCUAUGAUAAUACCGACGAUAUUUGGGCGGAGCUAGUCCCUAACACCUCUAAGGGCGCAAACAAGACCACGAAAGCUAUAGAAGCCCCCAAAGAGGAAAAACCUUCUAAAGGCUUCUGGUCAACACUGACUGGGGGCUCUACGAGCAAAAACACAUCAACGAAGGUGGCGAUGCAAGAGGAGGAACCUGAGCCUACAGAAGAGGUGGAAUUGCUUGUUGAUGUUGGCAACAAUCCCCCAGAGCCUGAACGGGAACCUGAACCAGUUCCUGAACUCGAACCUGAGCCUCCUGUCCCCGAAAAGAAAUCCAAGUCUAAGGUUCCAAAGCUCAGUGUUGCUGAACGCAUCAUGGCCCUAGAGAAAGCCAAGAAGGAGAAGGCAAAGGCAGAGAAAGCGCGCGUAAAGAGCAAAUCCAAUGAAGAGAAGGCCGAGCCGGAACCGGAACCGGCUCCAAGGCCUAAAACUCCGGUUGACGAACCCGCUCCAACGAGUAAGAGUUCAAAAUCCAAAUUGAAGACAACGGAAGUUCUUGAGUUUAAAGAAAGGAAAUUCUCCAAGGAUUUUGUCCCUGGAAGCUUCCCAGGCCUUGGAGAUGAACCCGAGCCCGAGCCCAAAUCUGAGCCUGGACUGCAACCGGAACCGGAGCCACCCGCUCCGGAUUUUUCAAAAAUGACGAAAAAGGAACUCAAGAAGUAUAAAAAGGCCGAAGCUGAGAAAGCUGCAGCAGCGGCGGCUGCCAGGGAGCCAACCCCACCCCGGGAACCUGAACCAGAGCCAGAGCCCGUAGCCGAGGAGUUAGAAGGGAAGGACAAAGGUGCUCUUCCGGCAUCUUCGCCGGAACCUGCGGAAGAGCCUCCUAAACCUCCCCAAAAUGACCGAGCACAAACUGAAUGGAAAGCGAACUCCUUUUUAUGGGGUGGCUUUUGGGGGGCCGCAUCGCCCUCAAAGACGCCUAUCAAUGAGGAACCCAAGGCCCAGGAGGAAACAGAGCCUCCAAAGAAGUUGAAAGAACCCAAGGACCAAGAGGAAACAGAGCCUCUGAAGAAGUUGAAGGAACCCAAGGCUCAGGAGGAAACAGAACAUCCAAGGAAGCUGAAGAAACCCAAGGCCCAGGAGGGAACGGAACCUUCAAAGAGGUUGAAGGAACCCAAGGCCCAGGAGGAAGUGGAACCUUCACAGAAUUUGAAGAAGGAACCCCAAAAUCAACAGGAAGUAGAGCCUCCUAUGAAAAAAGAGUCUUCUCGAAAAUCUCGACCCAAAGAACCAGAGCCUGAAGUGGAAAGGUCUUCUGCGUCUGACCGGGAAAAACAGCGAGAACCAGAGGGGCGGUCCUUGAAGAACCAACGUGGCGUCGCCUGGGCCAACAUGGUACUAGGUACACCUCAGUCCAGAAACAAAUUGACCCGCAAACCUGCUUCCUCAUCGAAACCCGCAUCUAGGCGUCCAUCCUUCAAUAUCGAUGACAAACCUGCUGAUCUAGUACCUUCAGAUGAGAAGCCUGAGGUUUCUCUCAAAGCAGCCAAGUUGAUGGGCAUGGAUGCUUCCAAGUCUCGACGUGAGCACCUGCGCACAGACAGGCGAAAAUCAGUUCGAGAUCCGCAUGCGAUUGAGGAUAAUGACCUCGUUAUGGUUGACAUGGAAGAUGUUGAGGGUCACUCACCCAGGGAGGCCUCAAGGCAGAAGUCAAAGAGACAGUCGCGUCCUAGGCCGGACGACGAGGAAGGUGCUGUCCUGGUUGAUUCGUAUCAAGCACACCCGUCCCCAAACAUCAAGCACUGGCCCGACGAUACGGCCGUUGUCGAUGCGCCUCCAAAAGAACGCCGUCUAAAGCGCUCCAACACCGCGCCGGUGAAGAAACAAGAGUCCGGUGGAUUCAUGGGACUCUUUGACUCUCUAAGAAAAGGCACACGCCCAGACCUUCCCGAACGGCCAGAGAUGCCCGAAAGACGCAAAUCUCGCUCAUAUCGCGACGAUGACAGAAGAUUUGCGCCUGAGAUGGAGCACGACGGCGCUCGAAGAUCACGUCGCGAAGAUCGCCGUCGUGGAUAUGUCCGCCCAGACACCGAUGCCGAAGGGCUUGUAACUGACGCCGCCGGUGCAGCUGCAGGCGGCGAGGCAGAAACCAACGAAGUGGAAGCGCGACGUGCAGCACGCCAUUCACGGCGUGGAUCCCGAAAGGCACCUUCCGACUCCCGCGUAACCGAAGCUCGGGAAGCAGAGGAGCGGCGCGCGAGGCGAAAGGAACGAGCACGUGAGCAACGUGCUCGCGAAGAGGAAGAGGAAAAACGACUACGAGAGGAAGACCGUCUGCGAGAAGAAAAGCGGGCUCGACGAGCUGCACGCGAAGAACGUCGUGCUCGAGAUGAACAGGCGGCUCGUGAAGCCGAAGCCGAAGCCACGGCUGAAGCUAGAGCGGCAGAACGCCGUGAGCGUCGGCGAAUGCGCGAAGAGGAAAUGCUGGCCGCGAGAGCGUCUCGACGCCGCGAACGUGAGCAAAAGAUCCCUUAUGAGGUCUAUCCCGAUGGGCGUGACGUGGAUCGUCGCGGAGCUCGUAGUUCCCGUGCUUUUGAAGAGCCUAACGCUCGCCGUCGGAAGUCUAAGGUGGCUCCUGAGCCGACUCGGGAACCGCUAAUGACCGGUGGAUUGAAUCCUGAUGGGGGUGCGAAAGACAAAAUUUCGUCUUGGGUUUAUUCGCAAAGUGAUGAGCCCCCCGAGCCGCCGCAAAUCGUUCCCACUCUUGUUGAUCUGCCUCCUCUCACAGCUGAUGACGGAGGUCAUACUCAUUCCCUCUCGUCUGACGAGGAAGCUCGUCGCGCUCUUCGCCGUAAGGCCCGGCGCCGUGCCAAGUAUGAGGAGGAGAUUUUAAAUGCUCGCUCGCGGCAUCGUGGCUCUCAUCGUGACGGUAUCAAGAGCAGCUCUGGAAGUGGUGAUUAUGAACGUGAUCGUGGGAUGAAGUCCCAGCCGGGGAAUCGACAUGGUGCUACCCCGACUUCGGGUGCUAAGAAGCCCAGUUGGUUCCGCAAAUUAACGAACCUGUAA